GUUGACCGUGGCCCUUCUCUAAAAGGAAGUGUGCCCGAUUGUGGCAGCCAUUUUGAUUUUGGCCGAGGUGGCUCACACAAAGAAUCUCAAAGCACUUAUCUCUGUGGCAUCAGAGGGGAGAACCAAAUCCCUGAUGUCUAUUUCUCUCAGUGCCCCCAAGCAGUAGACCCUGAACAAUCUGUCCAAUUGGCUGCAGCAUUUGGUGCACGCGAGCAGUUCUGUCUUCUUCCAGAAUCUACGCCGGAUGCCUUCGAUGAACAAGGAAGGCUCGAAACAUGUCCUCAGCCCACCCACCUAAUGCCACAGACCUCAGUCCUGACCCCAGCGAGCUCUCAAAACAACGGCGCCCCCCUUUUUGAGAUGAAAGAGAAGUUCGAUUUAGUGCUCGAAGAACUGAGCUUGUUUUCCAGCAUCGGUAAAGAGGCCGAGCGGCCCGGGGGUCCUGAGACACCGCGUGCCGGGGGGCGGCCGCCGGAGGACGAGACCGCCGAGCGGGGCAUCGGCCGCUUAACCAGCCCCGCAGCGAAAGCAGGUGGAAGGACAGAAGUGGAGCAGGACGUCCGCGGUCAUAUCAGAGCUGUCGGGCGGCAGCCGGAAACUACAAGCAGCAACGUGGGCUUUGACUGCGAGCAGGAAGUACCUCUGGGACUCAGCCACUCCAGUGCGGAGGGAGAAGAUUCGAUGUAUUCCACUGUGAAGCAGAAAGAGCGUACUGUGACUGAAGACGGAUCUAAACAAUGGCUUCCUGCUUUCAUGGUCCUUCCUUUCCUGAAUGAACAGAAUAGAGCAAGGAGGCUGGAACCUCUGAAGACUUGCGUUCGUCCAAUAAGAGUUGGCCUCUCCAAGAGGGAAAGACCCAAACAGCUUCACCCCUACUUCAAGUGAGCCUCACAUAACCCUUUCAGAAAUAUAUUUUCAGUAUACUGCAAUAUAUUGUAAAUGUAUAAAUGUAUACAAUGUGUUGUAGCACAUUUUUGAUGAAAAUGUUUUGCAAUGUCUGAAAGUGGCAAUAAUUUGUAUAUUUGCAAAGCAUUGCAAUAUUUUGACAGUAUAUUUUAUUUCAAUAUAAUUGCAAUAUAUUCGAUGUGUGCAAGGGAACGUAUUAGUAGUUACAGUUUAAUUUGAGUUACAGCUGCAGGCAACUUCAAAAUGGCAGGUUGUAAAAAUCCACAGUAUGUACUAGCAUGUUUACUGCCAUGAUUGUGAUGUAGCUGCAGCUGCGCUUGUUUAACAUUCAUUUUGACAACAUGAAACAGGCACUCGCAAUUGAAAAAUUCUCUGGCAUAUAUGCUUGGGGUCAUAGACAGAUGAGGCAAUUUAUUUGAUGGUUCCUGCAUGGAAAUUCAGGUUUUCCAGCUACAGAAGUUGUGUGUCAUUCUUCGGUAGGAUUGUCGUUUGCUCCAUUAGGUAGCGGUUAACAAAUUGCCUUAAAAGUGGCGGGAUUGUGUUGUGUUCGAUGUUUCCUUCAUGCUUGCGUGCUUGUGUAAAGGAUGUUUGUUUUUAAAGGUAGUAGUCCUUUCAAGUACCUCUAUUUAUUCUGAGAUUUUUUUUCCACGUUUCCAGCUGUUAAAGUGACACACACUGAAUAUUUAAAACGUGUUUGACCUCUCUGCUGUGUUUACUGUAGGAGAAUACUAACUAAGGCAGCUGUUGAACGCAGAAAUUCCUGUUAAAUUAUUUUAAAUCUUUCAAGUGUCUUGCCAGCAGUCCUGAAAUCACACAAUAUAAUAUUCACUGUGCAUUUUAAAAAGAAAUAGGCUAAUUCUUUUUUUUUUACAAUAUUGUUAUUAUAUUGUUUCUAAUUUGUGAUGUUGACAUGAUGUAUAAUAUAGUUUUCUUAAAUGAACUAAACUGCAAAA